CGCAUCGGCGUCACACGCAAGAAUGCAGAUGAAAAUGCCACCAGCAAGCACUCUCGUCAGGCGUCUACCCAGGGAGUUGCAACUCGCGCCUCUGUUGUGCUAAAUGGCCUGAAGAAUGGCUCACAACGCCCAGCGCUUGGUGAGGUCACCACUACCGCGGUCAAUCGCAAGGACGUUGCUGGUAAAGGCAAGGACGCUGUGAAAGAU